AUGAUCACAAAAUUAACACCAGAUAUAAUUGAUCAGCUUAUUUCUGCAGAAUUACCCGAUGGCGACGGAGACCCAGUUUUAUUAGAGGUCGUCACAAAAAACAUGAUUCAUGGUCCAUGUGGGGCACUCAACCCUUCCUCACCAUGCAUGUCUGAUGGGAAAUGCACCAAGCGAUACCCGAGAGCUUUGGUUAGUGAGACCAUCACCGGGAAUGACGGGUAUCCACUCUAUCGUCGACGAUCAACCACGGAUGGCGGCAAAUCUAUCACUCUAAAAGUACGUAAUAUUGACGUCGAAGUUGAUAAUCGUUGGGUUGUACCGUAUUCACCAUUACUCUCAAAGACGUUCAAGGCACACAUCAAUGUUGAGUAUUGCAAUUCUGUGAAAUCCAUCAAAUACAUUUGCAAAUAUGUCAACAAAGGGGGCGAUAUGGCAGUGUUUGGUGUGGAAAAUAGAACUAGAACUAUCGAUGAAAUAAAUCAAUAUCAACUCGGCCGCUACAUUAGUAGUAAUGAGGCAAUUUGGCGCAUAUUAUCAUUUCAAAUCCAUGAUCGACAUCCAACUGUGGUUCAUUUGGCAGUGCAUCUUGAAAAUGGCCAGCGUGUGUACUUCACGGCCGGCAAUAUACGUGCAAGAGCAAUGUCCCCACCUCCGACCACGUUAACUGCAUUUUUUUCAUUGUGCAACCAAGAUACGUUUGCAAAGACGCUACUUUAUUCUGAGGUGCCGACUUAUUACAGAUGGAAUACUUCCGUGAAAAAGUUUCAACGUCGCAUACAGGGCAAGGCAGUGGAGGGGCACUCAGGUUUAUAUAUGACCGAUGCGUUAGGCCGUUUAUACACAGUUCAUCCAAACAAUUUGGAAUGCUUUUACUUGCGCUUACUGUUAAUCAAUGUACGUGGGCCGACAUCCUUCGAAGAAUUGAGAACGGUGGACGGGCGGGUUUGUGCCACGUAUCAUGCAGCUUGCCAAGAGUUACAUCUUCUUGAAAACGAUGCCCAUUGGGAUAUUUCACUCGCUGAUGCAUCGAAUAUUGCUCGACCACGGCAAAUACGCUCUCUAUUUGCGAUAAUCUUAACAACGUGCUUCCCAUCAAAUCCAAAAGACCUUUGGGAAAAAUACAGAGACUACAUGAGCGAAGACAUUUUACAUCGAUUGCGUACUACGAAUCAAGUUCCGGACAUUCGUUUUUCCCCCAUUGUGUAUAAUGAGGCAUUAAUUGAGAUUGAGGACAUGUGUUUGGAAAUCGUUAACAAAGCUCUGGUUCAACUUGGACUGCCUUCGCCGAAUCGAUCCAUCAACGGCCGUUUUAAUCGAGAUUUGCAACGUGAGCCACAGUUUGACGACGCCGAAAUGGGUAGAUCUGUUCAAAAGAAUCUCCCAAAGUUGGUUACUGAACAACGUAUUGCGUACGACAGAAUUAUGCAGGCAAUCAAAAGUAAAAGCGGAGGAUUGUAUUUCCUGGAUGCGCCUGGGGGCACGGGCAAGACUUUCCUAAUCUCAAUAAUUUUGGCAGCGAUACGCUCCCAAAACGAUACUGCACUGGCUAUGGCAUCUUCAGGAAUUGCAGCAACUCUUCUGGAGGGUGGGCGAACCGCGCAUUCAACACUGAAAUUACCGUUGAACGUACAAUUCACGGAGAGACCAACGUGCAAUAUCACUAAAAAUUCAGGAAUCGGGAAAAUCCUCCGAUCAUGUACGAUCAUUGUGUGGGACGAAUGUACAAUGGCGCACAAAAAAUCAUUAGAAGCCCUUGAUCGCACCCUAAGAGAUUUAAGAGGAAAUCCUGGCCUAUUAUUCGGUGGUGCACUCAUUUUGCUGUCCGGUGAUUUUCGGCAAACUCUACCGGUAAUACCACGUUCAACCCCAGCAGAUGAACUCAAUGCAUGUCUCAAAUCUUCAGGUUUGUGGCUGCACGUGCAUAAAUUGAGCUUGAAGACUAAUAUGCGGGUACAACUACGGAAUGAGGCAUCGGCAGAUUUGUUCGCAAAACAAUUGUUAGAUAUGGGUAAUGGCUUAAUGACCGUCGAUCAAUCAACACAAUGCAUCACAUUGCCGGCCGAUUUCUGUAAGAUCACGGCUACCGCAGAUGAGUUAAUUGCAAAGGUCUUCCCGAAUCUGCCACAAAAUUACAAAAAUCUUCAGUGGCUCGGUGCCCGGGCCAUAUUGGCAGCCAAAAACAUCGAUGUGAAUGCUAUCAAUUUCAGAAUUCAAAACAAGGUACCAGGCGAAUUGAAAACUUACAAGUCCAUAGACAUUGUAACGAGUCAAGACGAGGAAGUCAAUUAUCCACCUGAAUUCUUAAAUUCGCUUGAUUUGCCAGGCAUGCCACCGCACGUUCUAUCGUUGAAAAUUGGCGUUCCCGUCAUUCUUCUACGAAACAUCAAUCCUCCACGACUCUGUAAUGGUACCAGGCUUUCGGUAACGAAAUUGAUGAACAACAUUAUCGAGGCUACAAUUUUAAACGGAAAGUUUAUGGGCGAAUAUGUAAUGUUGCCCCGAAUCCCAAUGAUUCCUACGGAUUUGCCCUUCACGUUCAAACGUUUGCAGUUUCCGGUGCGAAUCGCUUUUGCCAUGACCAUCAACAAGGCACAGGGCCAAUCACUACAAGUGUGUGGCCUAAAUUUGGAAAAUCCAUGCUUCUCCCAUGGACAGCUGUAUGUUGCCUGCUCCCGCGUCGGGAGACCGGAAGAUUUGUAUGUGUACGCCCCAGAUGGUAAAACGAGAAAUAUUGUAUAUCAGAAUGCCCUUCUGUAG